CCCACCGGCGAGCACACCUGGAGGAGAGACCCUACGAACGCCCUGAUUGCGGGAAGGCCUUCAGCUAGCGCUCCCACCUGCUGGAGCACCAACGCAUCCACACCGGGGAGCGCCCCUACCAGUGCGGGGAGUGCGGCCCUGAUCCAGCACCAGAGCACUCACACGGGCGAGCGGCCCUACCGCUGCCCCGACUGUGGGAAGAGCUUCAGCCGUGGCUCCAACCUGCUGCAGCACAAGCGGAUCCACACGGGGGAGAGGCCCUACCGAUGCCCCGAGUGCGGGGAGAGCUUUGGCCACAGCUCACACCUGGUGCGGCACCAGCGCAUCCACACGGGCCACAAGCCCUACAAGUGCAUGGAGUGUGGGAAGAGCUUCAUCUCCAGCACCUGCCUCCUGCGGCACCGGCGCAUCCACAUGGGAGAGAAACCCUUCACCUGCCUGCCGUGCGGGACGCGCUUCAGCCACGGCUCCUCCCUGCUGCGCCACCAGCGGGCCCACAAGGGCGAGCGCCCCUUCUUGUGCAGCCAGUGCGGGAAGGGCUUCAGCCAGAGCUCCUACCUCUCUGAGCACCUGCGCACCCCCACCGGCGAGCGCCCCUACAAGUGCCCCCACUGCGGGAGGGCCUUCGCCCAGAGCUCCACGUUGGCCCAGCACCAGGGGGCCCACACCAGCGAGCACCACUUCCCCUUCUUUGGCUGCGGGGGGACUCCCCGCCCUGAUCAUGAAUAUGCAGAAGAAGGUGGCUCUGAACUCUCCAGCAUGCCCCGACUCCCUGGUGGUUCCCCCUUGGGGGCUUGGCCGCUCUGCAGGGACGUCAUGCAGGAGAAUGACAAGACCUUGAUCUCGCUGGCAGGGAACGAGCCCCGGCUGGAUUCUCUUUCUCUCCCAGCAGGUUCCAGGACCAGGAAGAGGAAUCCCCAGCAAGAAGAGCCUGUGGGGGCGGAGCUGCAAGGGAUGCCCCACAGCCCUGAGCAGGGAGACGCUGGCCAAAGCCAGGGAAGGAGAGGACAGCAGCAGGGAAAGACAGAGGGAGAACCCACUGAUGAAGAAUGUUCUAAGAAGCUCCUUGGCUUGCAAAGAAUCUGCACAGCAGAGAGACCCUAUAAAUGCCCCGAAUGCGGGAAAAGCUUCACCCAGAGCUCUAUGCUCAUCCGCCACGAGAGAUCCCACACGGGAGAAAAACCCUACACAUGCUCUGUCUGCGGGAAGAGUUUUAGUCAGAGGUCCAAUCACAUGCAGCAUCAGAGGAUCCACACGGGGGAGCGACCCUAUAAAUGCACUGACUGUGGGAAGAGCUUCUCUCUGAGCUCCCGCCUGCUCCAGCAUCAGAUGGUCCAUACUGGAGAGCGGCCUUACAAGUGCCCUGACUGUGGGAAGAGCUUCAACCAGAAGUCCAACCUGAAGCAGCACCAGAGAAUCCACACAGGGGAGCGACCCUACCAACGCCCUGAUUAUGGAGAAAGCCACUCUCUCAGCCCACCCCAGGGGAUCCAUAAAGUAGAGAGACCCUAUAAGUGUCCCCAAUGUGGAAAAUGCUUCCGUGUGAGCUCGCACCUUAUUAGACACCAAGUCACCCACACGGGAGAGCGACCCUAUAAAUGCUCCGUCUGCGGGAGAAGCUUCUCACUGAGUUCUCACCUCAUCCGGCACCGGAUAGUCCACACAGAGGAUAAACCCUACAUCUGCACUGAGUGUGGGAAGAAGUUUAGCCUGAGCUCCAGGCUCGAUAGACACCUGAGAACCCACACGGGAGAGAGACCCUAUAAAUGCCCCAACUGCGGGAGUGGCUUCGUCGACAGCUCUGCUCUUAUUAAGCACCAGAGGAUUCACACUGGGGAGCGACCCUAUACCUGCCCUGAAUGUGGGAAGAGCUUUGGUCGGAGCUCGUACCUUAUCACCCAUCAGAGAACUCAUACGGGAGAGAGACCCUAUAAAUGCCCCGACUGCGGGAAAAGCUUUGUCGGCAGCUCUGAUCUUAAUAAACACCAGCGCACCCACACGGGAGAGCGCCCCUAUAACUGCCCUGAAUGUGGGAAGAGCUUCAGCCGGAGCUCAAACCUUAUUGCCCAUCAGAGAAUCCACACGCGUUCCUUCACUCCUGCUCAGGGAUGUGGUUAGGGAGAUUUUGAAUGUUGGCAUUAAACAUUUUGGGGGGUUUAUUUAUUUGAUCACUUGGCUCCCUUGUAGCCUCUUAUUUCCAAACCCUGCUAGUGCCUUGUUCAUCCUGUGUUUUAAUACGGCUAAAUGUAAAUGUAUACAUCGGGGAACAGAAAGUGUCCACCAGACUUGCAGGAUCGGGGACUGCCCUGGGAAGCAGGGACUCUGAAAAAGAUUUGGAAGUUAUGGUAGAUAAUCAGCUGAACAUGAGCUCUCCCUGCGAUGCUGUAGCCAAAAGAUCUAAUGCAAUCCUGGGAUGCAUAAACAGGGGACUCUCAAGUGGGAGUAGAGACGUUAUUUGACCUUUGUAUUUGGCACUUUUGCAACCACUGCUGGAAUCCUGUGUCCAGUUCUGGUACCUACAAUUCAAGAAGGAUGUUGAUAAAUUGGAGAGGGGUCAGAGAAGAGCCACGAGAAUGAUUAAAGGAUUGGAAAGUCUUAUGGUGGCAGACUCCAGGAGCUCAAUCUAUUUAGCUGAACAAAGAGAAGCUUAUGGGGUGACUUGAUCAGUCUAUAAGUAACUCCAUAGGAAAAAAUAUUUAAUAAUGGGCUCUUCAGUCUAGCAGAGAAAGCUCUAACACUAGCCAGUGGCUGGAAGUUGAAGCCAGACAAAUUCAGCCUGGAAAUAAGGCAUAAUUUUUUAAUGGUGAGAGUAAUUAGCCAUUGGAGAACUGGCCAGGGGUUGUGGUGGAUUCUCCAUCACUGACAAUUUUUAAAUCAAGAUGGGAUGUUUUUCUGAAAGUUCUGCGCUAGGAAUUAUUUUGGGGAAGCUCUAUGGACUGUGUGAAACAGGAGGUCAGGCUAGAUGACCACAAUGGCUUUAGAAUCUAUGAAUCUACAUAAAGCCUUGGAAGGAAUAAUUUUUUUAGUCAGUAAAUGUCAAUUUCAGCAUGCACACACAAACCAAUGACAAAAUAUUUCCAGUGAUAAUCAACAUUUACAGAUAGGCAGAGUAAGAAAAAUGCUGCUUUAGAACUUCUUGGAGUCAAAAUCCAGUGACUGAAAAUAAGCCUGUUACAAAUGGACUAGUGAAUGCAUCGUAAAAACAGGUAGGAUUUGGGGUGAUGUCAGGAUAUUGACUUUGUAUAUUUUGACAUGUGAUGCUGACAAUUUGGUUUUAAUGGUUUAUAAAACUUUAAUUUUUUGAAUCUCAACAUCUGCUAUCAUUAAAUAAUUAUCUGACCCUCCCCACUUAAUUUCCGGCAACUGUGAAAAUUUAAAGAGAUAAAAAUAAAUGCUUAAAAAUAAA